CACUGUCAGAGAGCCCAGAGAGCGAGCACAGCUUUGGCAAAUUAUCAGAGCACAAGUCGGUCCACCAGCAAGGUGGAAAAGAUGCCCUUCGUAGCGAACCCGCUCGCCCUAAGCGUACCAGAGCCCGCCUUCGAAGCCUGGCUCCGCGACUCCGGCUACCUCGAAACCCUUGACACUAGCUCCUCCUCGUUGCCUACCUCCUCUGCCUCCUUUCCUUCCUCCUCCUCGAAACCUCUACCGCCGAAAAACCCGGCUGCCGCCGUCUCUGGGGUAAUAUCCCCCGUCUUCUUCUUUCUCCGAACCCUUGCUUCCCUUUUCACUAUUAACCCGUUCGCUAAGCUAACGCCGGAGGACUUCGCUGGCGAGACGCCGUCUUGGACGCUACGGUUCGUUGGCGACGCCGGAUCCUACUCUUGGCCCGGCGGGCCCUCCCAGGCCCGGAUGAGGGUUCAGGAGAAUGUUCGCCGAUACGCCAGGAACUAUGCUUUUUUAUGUCUUGUCUUCUUCGCUUGCUCGUUAUAUCAGAUGCCAAUUCUGCUAUUGAGUCUGAUGGAAAGUUUGGGUGUUUGGGAGCUGCUAAGAUUCUGCAGUGAUAAAUGGGAGCUGGAGGAAAAGCACCCAGCAGUUAGGACAAUUUUGGUUUGUGCUGCCCAAUUUGUAAUGUUGGCGAUACUAUAUUUAAGCAAUCUUCAGGUGGCUCUUUUUUGCACCACGGUUCUCAGCUACACAGUGAUGCUUUUGCAUGCUUCUCUACGGAAUUUGGCUCCUUCAAAGCAUUCCCUUGGGACAGAUCAACACCGAAGGACAUACCAGAAGAAAAUUAAUUUGCCUUCCAAGUAAGGUCUUUGACAUGUGACAACCUAUUAUGUAUCAAUGGGUGGUUUCACGGUAAUGAAAGUACUGGUGUCUAUAAACUAGAGCUUAAUGCUAGUUUUCUAGUCUCUCUGUUUGCAAUGAAGUUUAGAGUUCACUAGAAAAAGGGGGGAAAAAUUAAACAAUAACGUAGUUCUCUUCCCAAAAAUUCCUGCUCUUUCAGGCUUGUCAGAAUCCCCAACUAGCGAAUCACCAGCGUUUCACCAACACGUUGAGAGCUUGUCUCAUGGUUACCUUGUUGGAGCUCUAUAUUGACAUGUAAAUAAGUUAAUGAUACAAAGAUCUUAGACCUUCAUUUGGUUCAUUAAUCUCUUAAUAAUGUAUCUUCGGCUGAGUUUGUCAAAUCAUUCUAACUAUAAAUUUUAGUUACAGUGGCCAAAACUUGCAAAAACAAGCCAUUAUGUGUUGCCUGGAGAUCACUUUUUGUGGUGGCAAAUUAUUUAUCUUUCAAUUCCACCACAUUACUGAUUAACAAUUUGCCAUGGGGCAUUUUCUUAUCA